UGUCUUCUUCUCACAGAAAAUUAAAGAGCCUCGAAAUUUUCACAGACUUGUCUCUCUCAUUCGCUCUCUUUAACAUCUGGAAAUUUUCUCAAAGCCCUAAAGCUUUCAAAAAAACUUGCAAGGAAGAAAAAAAAAAUGGACAACAAAUUUUGGACUUUCCUCACUGCUCUUCACUCAGGCGCUGGGCCCAUAGUGAUGUUGCUGUAUCCAUUGUACGCAUCGGUGAUAGCAAUGGAGAGCACAACAAAAGUUGACGAUGAACAGUGGCUCGCGUACUGGAUAAUAUACUCGUUCCUUUCACUCACGGAACUGAUUCUGCAAUCACUUAUUGAGUGGAUUCCGAUUUGGUAUACGGUGAAACUUGUGUUCGUGGCUUGGCUUGUUCUGCCGCAGUUUCAAGGCGCAGCUUUUAUCUAUAACCGUGUUGUUAGAGAACAGUUCAAGAAACACGGCGUCCUCCGCUCCACCCACUCCAAGGCCACCAAGCCCAACAUCCUCCAGUCCAUUUUCCCCAACCGGGAGGGACACGAGGCUCACAGUCACUGAAUCAGAAGAGAGGAGCAGACAGAAGAAGCCUGACUAGUAUUAUUGUAAUGGUGUUGGUGGUGGUCCCAUCAUGUCCUGUCUAAUCUACUUUUUGCUUUAUUUAUCAUAAAACUGGGUUUAGGAA